AUGACUACUAGACAAAAAUCCGAAUUUGAAAAAUCCUUAAUUGAGGCCUUAAAGUCUGAUAGUGUGAUUAAAGAAAUUUCUAAUGCUAUCAUCAACACCAUCAGCAGAAGAUUCGCUGAAAAAUUCAACGAUUAUGAGGCCAAAAUAGCGACAUUAGAAGCAGAGAUUCAAUUAUUGAAGUCUAAUACUGAUAAAAUCGAGACCAACUUCACCGAUGACACACGAAAGAAAUUGCAGCAAAAAGUGGAUUAUCUCGAGCAGAGGGCAAAAAAUAACAACAUCCGUCUAAUCGGCAUCAAGGAAUCCCAAGAAGAAAAUCUGUUGACCCAGGUUAAGAAAUUGUUUAAAGAUAAACUUAACAUAACGGUCGCCGAUGAAAUCACAUCUGUAUACAGAUCUGGUGCUGCUAAUAAAAACCAUCCCCGGCAUCUCAUUGUUGUCUUCAAAAAUUCGGAAUAUAAGAAUGUUAUAUUUAAAAACAAGAAACUUCUCAAAGGUUCGAACAUAGUCAUGAAGGAGGACCUAACUCAUGACAGAUGGAAACUUGUUAGAGAAUCAUCGGAAAAAUAUGGAUUCAAGAAUGUUUGGACGUUUAAUGGAGCUGUUUUCGUGAAAUCGGAAACAGGUGUAAAAAAACUGAUUUCUGGUGUGUAA